CAGUGUGGGGGCCGAGGCGCAGGGACCCAGGACGGUCUCUCGCUUGUAUUUUCUAUCUUCCCUCUUUGUCGACAAGUUUUAAGAACUAUUCAUCCCAAGAGCGUCAAGUGAAAGUCUGGCUGCGGGUGUAAUAUCAACCGGUGCGUUCGCCAAGUGAGGAGUAUUUUGUUGUUUAUUGAGUUGACAGAAGUCGUUCACUGAGCGCAACAGCAGCUUCGGAGCUCAGCGUGGAUUAUUGACGGGACGCGUUUUGUUCAGGGCAAAAACACAGCUUUACCUUGUUUCAUACAGACUUCAUCUGAAAGUGUGGACUGCUGUCAAAGCGCACUUCUCCGUGUCUUUUAGGUAUGCCUGUGGUCAUCAGCGUGUCCCCGGACAGGUAACCAGGUGUGUUGCUGCUGUCAUGGCCUCGCCUUCCCUGCGGCUGUUUCCAGUCACUGUGCUCACAGUCCUGGUGACGCUGGUGUCGUCUUCAGAGGAACAUGAGUGGCACUUUAACCCAGCUCAGUGUCGUUAUGCCCUGGGGAUGGAGGAUGGCACCAUCCCAGACUCUGACAUCACUGCCUCCAGCGCCUGGUCAGACUCCACUGAGGCCAAACAUGGAAGGCUGAGUACUGGAGAGGGGGAUGGAGCAUGGUGUCCUGCAGGAGCUGUUUUCCCCAGUGGAUCAGAAUAUCUUCAGAUUGACCUGCACAAACUCCACUUCCUGGCUCUGGUUGGUACCCAGGGUCGUCAUGCCGACGGGCAUGGCCAGGAGUUUGCUCGCAGUUAUCGUCUCCGCUACUCUCGAGACGGAGUGAAAUGGAUCACCUGGAGGGAUCGCUGGGGCCAGGAAGUGGUGUCAGGUAAUGAGAACACCUAUGAUAUUGUGUUGAAAGACCUGGGCCCUCCCAUCGUGGCCCGCAUGGUGCGCUUCUACCCCCUGGCUGACCGGGUUAUGAGUGUUUGCCUUCGGGUGGAGCUCUAUGGUUGUGUAUGGGAUGAUGGUUUGAAGGCUUACACAGCUCCAGUGGGUCACGUCAUGCACCUGCCUGGCAUGCCUGUCUACUUAAACGACUCCACCUACGAUGGGAGCACUGAGCAAGGGAUGCAGUUUGGGGGCCUGGGUCAGCUGUGUGACGGUGUCCUGGGAGGAGAUGACUUCAUACAAACCAAGGAGCUGCGGGUGUGGCCGGGGUAUGACUACCUGGGAUGGAGCCGGGAAGCCCUCGGGCAAGGCAGCGUGGACAUCGAGUUCCACUUUGAGAAACCACGUGUCUUCCACAGCAUGCAGGUGCACAGUAACAACCGCCACACCCAGGGCGUCCGUGUCUUCAGCAAGGUAGAGUGUCUUUUUAAGCCUGGCAUCCUCCAGCCCUGGUCCUCUCCCGCCCUCACGCUGCCUGUGCCCCUGGAGGAUCUGAAGGACCCCUCCUCACGACCCAUCACCCUCCCAUUGGGUGGCCGGCCGGCUCAGAUCCUCCGCUGCAAAUUCUAUUUUGCUGACCGCUGGCUACUCAUCAGCGAGAUAUCCUUCCUCUCUGAGCCAUUUGAUGCUACAGAGACCCUUACUCCUCAUCCUCCCAAGAUUCCUACCAUCAAUUCCUCUCCUCCUCCUGUUAACCACACCACCUCCCCUCCCACAUCGAGCAACAGCUCCUCCAACACUACUGCUGGCUCUUCCGAACCCCCCACCACCACCACCUUCACGAUGGACUCCACUGGUAACUGGACGCUGCCAGGGCCAGAAUUUGCCUCUGUGACUCCCAGAGCAGGCCUUCCUGUAGCCAAGGAUGACAGCAGUAAUACAGCUAUUCUGAUUGGCUGCCUGGUGGGCAUCAUCCUUCUGCUGCUGGCUGUGAUAGCUGUCAUUCUGUGGAGACAGUACUGGAAAAAAAUACUGGGCAAGGCCCAGGGUAGCCUGUCCAGCGAUGAACUGCGCGUCCACCUGUCGGUCCCCUCGGACAAUGUGGUCAUCAACAACACACACAGCUACUCAAGCCGCUACCAGCGCAUACACACUUUCCCUGAUGAUCGUGACCAUGACAGAGAGGGAGAAGGAGAGUACCAGGAACCCAGCGCUUUGCUCCGGCCAAGGGAUCACAGAGACAGCACAGCCUUGCUGUUAAACAACCCAGCCUAUCACCUGCUCCUGUCAGAUCACAGAAAAGGCUCAAGACCUCUAGUCGUCCCCAGAACCUCUCAGGCUCAGGAAAAGAGCCUCAAUGUGCCCCAGGCUUGUGGUUUGGAUAUGGACAUGGAGAAGGGUUUCCCCCCAACUCAGGAGGAGCCUCCUCCCUACCCCGGCUCCCCUCCUUACCCUUCCCUUUCUCCCCCCGUAUCUCCCCCACUGCCUCCCAGCGUCCCCCACUACGCUGAGGCAGACAUCGUGAGCCUGCAGGGUGUCAGCGGUAACAACACCUACGCUGUGCCCGCCUUGGCCUCUUCUAGCCCUGGGGCCGACGCCGCCCCGCUGCCAGAGCUGCCUCGCCAGUGUCUCAUCUUCAAGGAGAAACUGGGAGAGGGCCAGUUUGGGGAGGUGCACCUGUGUGAAAUCGAGAACCCUCAGGACCUUCCCAACUUGGAGUUCCCCUUCAAUGUGAGAAAGGGUCGCCCUCUUCUGGUCGCAGUGAAGAUCCUGCGACCAGAUGCUUCCAAGAACGCCAGGAACGAUUUCCUGAAAGAGGUGAAGAUCCUGUCUCGCUUGAAGGACCCGAACAUCAUCCGGCUGCUGGGAGUGUGUGUGAGCAGUGACCCGCUCUGUAUGGUCACUGAGUACAUGGAAUGUGGAGACUUGAACCAGUAUCUGUCUCACCGAGUGCUUCUGGAUAAGACGGGGCCUUUGCACAACACGCCGACCAUCAGUUACCCGGCCCUCAUCUCCAUGGCCAGCCAGAUUGCGUCAGGAAUGAAGUUCCUCUCCUCUCUCAACUUUGUGCACCGGGAUCUGGCCACACGAAACUGUCUGGUCGGAGGCGAGAGGGGUGAGAGCGGCGAGGAUCGGGGCGGCGAGCGUCACAUCAAGAUUGCAGACUUUGGCAUGAGCAGGAAUCUGUAUGCAGGAGACUACUACAGGAUCCAGGGCCGGGCGGUGCUGCCAAUACGCUGGAUGGCGUGGGAGUGUAUACUCAUGGGCAAGUUCACCACAGCCAGCGACGUGUGGGCGUUCGGGGUCACUCUGUGGGAGAUGCUGAGCGUUUGUCAGGAGCAGCCGUACUCCAACCUCACAGAUGAACAAGUCAUCGACAACGCUGGGGAGUUUUUCAGAGACCAGGGCAGACAGGUGUAUCUGAGCAGGCCGGCUGUGUGUCCUCAGGGUCUCUACGAGCUCAUGUUGAGCUGCUGGAACAGAGACUGCAAGCUCCGCCCAUCCUUCGCCUACAUCCACUCCUUUCUCACUGAGGACGCCAUGAAUAUGGUGUAAAGAGUGAAUUGGAGAAAAUUAAGAAAAAUGGCAUUGUUAAAGAGGGGAAAUGUCUUGUGCGUUAAUGCAUCCUUGCUACAGCGAGAGGGUGUCUGAAUCAGUGUGGUGGAGGUGCUGCACGGCAGAGGCAGAUAAGAGGGGAAAGUGGGUUGCUCGCUUUUAUAUUUUGUACUUUUUUGGAGGAUGGGGCUGAGACACCGCUGGUUCGGUUUCUUUCCACUUCAGACUCCAACCCCAAAGGAAAAUCUAACCCCAGCUUUAGAUAGGUAACAGUCUGAGCUACAUUUUAAUGGUUGGUGGUGGGUGCAGUCUGCAUAGGAACUUUCUCUCUUCUCAGAUAAUUAACUUACAAGGAGGGUUUAUGUGGCUGUAGAGUUCAAAAUGCAAGAAGCUGCAGAAGCUAAACAGCAGAUAAUACUCCAUACUAUGACCAUAGCAAGCUAGGAAGUGGACAAUUAUUAAAGUUCUGUGACUUUUCUUUGUUCAACAUUUCAAAUGGAACAGGACAGAUCACCUGUCAAUCAGAGAUGAAACUGUGCAUACAGGGACUAUCUUUGUAUUUAUAGUAUGUAUAGCCUGCUCCACAUGUUUAAAUCACUCCACAUCAGAAUGAUUAAAUUCUCUCAGACACCAACUAAUCUAAGAAAACACUUGGAUGUGGUUGUGUAGAACCUGGAUGAUAGGAGAACCUGCCAUGUUUGUUGAGCCUUCAUCAAUCCUCUAUCUCAGCCCCAAAACCUUACAUAAUGACCCACAUCCACAGCUGUAACUCUAAGUUAUCGUGGACUAAUGUGAAAAGAAGUGGACCAGACAACAGCAGCCCCCUUUCUGCAAUGUGAUCAUGCCCCCGUCAAAAAGUCACAGAAGUAUUUAAACCCCAUCUUUAAGCCACAGGGG